GAGCAGAGAGAAAUCUGUGGCUGGUGGGAGGCAGCCUACGUGAAGCUCUCUCCCAGGAAGCCAAUGCCGGAAGACUGCUGUGGAAGACUGAGAGAACUGUUGCUGCACUCCCAAACUGGCAACACUAUACAGAAGUGCCUUCUGUAGCCAUGGAGAUGAAGGUUAGAGGCUUGAGGAUUCCCUUGCUGCUACUGCUGGUGACUGUGGUUGUCAUGGCCAAGGUGAAUCACAUCCAGAGGUGGGGAGGCUUCAAGGAGAAGGCCACGAGCCAGAAAAACAUCAACUCGACACUCCAUUUCUUCAUCCAGUCUUACAACAACGCAAGCAAUGACUCCUACUUGUUUCAAGUUCAGAAGCUAAUUCACAGUCAUAUGCAGUUGACCACAGGAGUGGAGUAUUUGGUUACUGUGAAGAUUGGCAGGACCAAAUGUAAGAAAAACGAGACGAAGAAAACCUCCUGCCACCUGCAAAGCAACAAGCUGAAAAAGAGCCUGAUUUGCACAUCACUGAUAUACACUGUACCCUGGAUGAACUACUACCAGCUCUGGAACAACUCCUGUCAGGAGAGCUGAGUGCCUGUGUAAAGAGCUCUGCUGACACCCAGAUGCCUGUGUUGUGUACUGGUUUUUGUAAAGUUAUAAGAGGA